AGCCGACAGCCACAGCGAAGGACAAUGGUCCCACUCUUGGGAGUGCUGCUCCUGAUGCUGGCGCUCCUCUCCUUCUGGAGACUUGCAAAGGGGAAAGCAGAGCCCAGGCCCAGGUACCCCAGGAGCCUGCCUUCCCUGCCCAUCAUCGGGAGCCUGCUGCACCUGACCAAUAACUGCCAGUUCCAUCUCCUCUUACACAGCCUGCAGAAGAAAUACGGCAGCCUCUACUCCCUGCAGAUGGGCUCCCAGUACAUGGUGGUGGUGAACCACUACCUGCAUGCCAAGGAGGUGCUGCUGAAGAAGGGAAAGACCUUCGCUGGCCGGCCCCACACAGUGACCACGGACAUUCUGACCAGGAACGGCAAAGACAUCGCCUUCGCCACCUACAGCCCACACUGGAAAUUCCUGCGCAAGCAGGUGCAUGCGUCACUCUCCAUGUUUGGAAAAGGGACGCUGGCCCUGGAGAAAAUCAUCUGUCGGGAAGCUGCCUCCUUGUGCGAGUCUCUCAGCAGUUUUCAGGACACCCUCCUGGACAUGGCCCCGGAGCUCAACCGAGCUGUUACCAAUGUGGUGUGCUCGCUGUGCUUCAACUCCUGCUACAGGCGAGGGGACCCCGAGUUUGAGGCCAUGCUGCAGUAUAAUGAAGGCAUCGUGAACACGGUGGGCCAAAAGAGCCUGGUGGACAUCUUCCCCUGGCUGCAGAUUUUUCCCAACAAGGACCUGGCGUUGCUGAGGAGUUGCAUCGAGGUCAGAGACCAGCUGCUGCAGAAGAAGUUCAAGGAACACAAGAAAGCGCUGGGCAGUGACUCGGUCAAUGACCUGAUGGAUGCCCUGCUCCGCGUCCAGCUCAACAUGGAGAACAACAACAGUCAGCUGGCCCUGCCGCUGGAGCUGACAGACGACCAUAUCCUCAUGACCGUGGCCGACAUCUUCGGGGCGGGCGUUGAGACCACCAGCACCGUGCUCAAGUGGGCUGUGCUCUACCUGCUCCACUACCCGGAGGUGCAGAGAAAGAUCCGGGAGGAACUGGAUCAGAAGAUCGGCUUUGAGAGACACCCCCAGCUCAGCGACAGGCAGCAGCUACCCUACCUGGAGGCCACUAUCAGCGAGGUCCUGCGCAUCCGGCCUGUCUCCCCUCUACUGCUCCCACAUGUGGCCCUUACGGACACCAGCAUUGGGGAAUACACCAUCCGAAAGGGAGCCCAGGUCCUCGUCAACCUCUGGUCCCUUCACCACGACGAGAAGGAAUGGGACAAGCCAGAGGAGUUUAACCCAGGUCGCUUCUUGGAUGAGGAGGGCAAUCGGAUCUACUCACCCUCGCCCAGUUACCUGCCCUUCGGAGCCGGGAGCCGGGUGUGCUUGGGCGAAGCCCUCGCUAAGAUGGAGAUCUUCCUCUUCCUGGCCUGGAUCCUGCAGAGGUUCACCCUGGAGGUCCAUCCGGGCCAGCCGCUGCCUGCGCUGGAGGGCAAGUUCGGCGUGGUGCUCCAAGUGCAGCAGUUCAAGGUGAAGGCCAGGCUGCGGGAAGCCUGGCGGGAUGGCGUGUAGAGCUGCCCGCACCAUGGACCCAGCCAGCCGCUCCAGGGACACCGCAUGGGAGGCAGCUGCACUGGGCAGGUCUCUGUCCAACCCCAGGGAUGUUUCUAUCCCCUAGACCAGGGGUGGCCAACCUGGGGCUCUGGAGCCACAUGCGGCUCUUCAGAAGUUAAUCUGCGGCUCCUUGUACAGGCACCGACUCCGGGGCUCGAGCUACAGGCGCCAACUUUCCAGUGGGCCAGGGGGUUGCUCACUGCUCAACCCCUGGCUCUGCCACAGGCCCUGCCCCCACUCCACCCCUUCCCUCCCCCUCCCCUGAGCCUGCCGUGCCCUCACUCCUCCCACCCCCAGCCUCCUGCACGCCAUGAAACAGCUGAUUGGGAGGUGCAGGGAGGGAGGGGGAGGCACUGAUCGGCAGGGCUGCUGGUGGGUGGGAGGCGCUGGGAGUGGGGGGGGGGGAAGGAGCUGAUAGGGGGCUGCUGACGUAGUACGGUGGCUCUUUGGCAAUGUCCACUGGUAAAUCCUGGCUCCUUCUCAGGCUCAGGUUGGCCACCCCUGCCCUAGACGGAUGAAAGGGGCGCCGGUUGGGUCAUUAUUUAGGCAGGGAUGAGCCCAGUGGGUCAAUGCCCCAAGGGAAACUGCUGCUGGUGCCAGGGUAUCUGAGCCCCUGCAACACCAUUCAAAAGCUGUACCUUGGCUGCAUGGCCACGAUACACUGUGCCGCUCCCUCCUCAUUGCUCUGCCAUGCCUGCGGGGGGCGGGGGGGAAUAUCAGUCCCUCGGGGGACAGGCAAGGUGCAGAGGGAGUGAGUUGGUGGAGGGGCUUAGGGGACUAGCAGAGGCAGGUUUCCUGUUCCACAGAAGCAGACGGGGAACGCCCCCCAUAAAGGGGCCUCGCCCUCUGGAACCCAGCUCAGCCCCUCGGGGGGCUGAAGCUUAUCACCCCAGCACAGCUCCAGCCCUGUGUGUGGUGGGGAGGGCCCCAGCAGCUUGGGAAGGUGCUGGGAGCCCCAGGCUGGGUUGCCAGCCCUGCUCAGAUCCCCAGCCCAGAGCCUCAGUUACUGCAGCUUCACCGGCCGCCUUGGUCUCUGGCCCACACCCAUUUCCAGAGAGGAUCCGUCCUUCCCCCAGAUCAGGUGACAAGGCUCAGGUGCCAGGUGAACAGGAGCAGGGCAGCCUGCGGCCCUGUCCCAUUGGAGAGGAACCGCCACUUCAGGCAGGUGAAACAGAAGAGCGGGUGGAGCUGGCUGGGGCAGACCUGAUUUUCUGACUGGCCAGGAUUUUCAAAGGCGGGGUAGGCAUGCAGUUAAUGAGUACAUUUGCUCUGUGGUUUAUGGCAAGUGCAGCCCUGGAUCCCUACACAGGAGCUGUCAUGCAGUCGAGAGGAAGCCUGGCCCAGUGGUUAGGGUGGCUAGCCUGAGACUUGAGAGACUAGCUUCAAUUCCUGCAUGAAAUUCAGCAAGUCACUUAGUCUCCCUGUGGGUUCCUUCCCAUCUGUACAAUGAGUGUAACAGCACUGCCCUACUGCACAGGGGUCUUGUGAGAAGAAAUACAUUAGACUGGGACGGGGCUCAGAUACAGUUGUAAUGGAGGGCCAGAUAAAUCCCUUACAUCUUUUCUACACAUGGAGUUAUUCUGGACUAGCAGUUCCACUUUGAGUUCACACCCAGCCUUAAUCCAGAAUAAGAUUCAUGUGUAGACAAGCCCUUAGACAGACAGUAGUGUAACUCACACGUAUACUCUAGUGUAAACCGUUGGUCUGUGUAUUACAUGCUCUCUGCCUGAUGUGCAGAGGAUGGAGGUCUGUUACAGCUCCCACCUGCCCAGAACCCCCAGAGGAAGUCACUGGUUCAAUCCCCAGUGUCAGCUGAGAUCUUGCAGCCAUCACACUAACAGACACACAUUGCUUAAAUUCAAAAGGUCCUAUUAACCUCCUCCUCCUGGAAAAAUUGGAAAGAAUCCAACAAAGGGCAACAAAAAUUAUUAGGGGACUGGAACACAUGAGUUAUGAGGAGAGGCUGAGGAACUGGGGAUGUUCAGUCUACGGAAGAGAAGAAUGAGGGGGGAUUUGAUAGCUGCUUUCAACUACCUGAAAGGGGGUUCCAAAGAGGAUGGAUCUAGACUGUUCUCAGUGGUGACAGAUGACAGAACAAGGAGUGAUGGUCUCAAGUUGCAGUGGGGGAGAUUUAGGUUGGAUAUUAGGAAAAACUUUUUCACGAGGAGGGUGGUAAAACACUGGAAUGUGUUACCUAGGGAGGUGGUGGAAUCUCCUUCCUUAGAAGUUUUUAAGGUCAGGCUUGACAAAGCCCUGGCUGGGAUGAUUUAAUUGGGGAUCGGUCCUGCUUUGAGCGGGGGGUUGGACUGGAUGGCCUGCUGAGGUCCCUUCCAACCCUGAUAUUCUGUGAUUCUUCCCCACACCUGGUUCAAAAAUAGGCUGUAGGUUUGUGCCCCACACUGCUUCCCCUAGAGAGAAGCUGUAGGAGGAGAACUAGCUGCAUGGGGUUUGAGCCAUGUAUUUUCACUAGCUACAGCUGCUUCAGAGCGAUUGUACUGAUGGCACAAAGCCUGAAUGCAUCCCUUAGCUAGUGAGAGACAAUGUCAUUCCCAAGCGGCCUUUGAGACAAAAUUUCAUCCAAAGUGCCCCUGCCUUCUCUGAGCUGGGCCACCCCAAAGGAUCAGGACUCUGGAAAUCCAAGUGCAGGGAUUUUCACCAGUGCAGGGCAAGUUCAGCCUGGGAAUGGCUCCUCUUUUUCUCUUUUCAUCUGAUAGAAACAUGAGGGCAGCUACAGCCGCGGUGCUUUGGAAAGCUAAUGCAGCCCAUCAAAAAGGCAGCUGCGACCCUGGGGGCGGGUCAGUCGAGCUAGAGAAGCGUCAAUGCCACUGAACAAGGCACUGAGGAGGCCUCAUCUGGAAUACUGGGUGCAACUCCAGAGAGAUGAAUUCAGAGUGGCACAGGUGCAGGAAAGGCCUCCGAGGAUGGUCAGGGGAACGGAGAGCCUGUCGUGUAAGAGGGGACGAAGAGAGCCUAGGAAAACAAAGGCUGAGCAGGGCUCUGGCAGCUCGCUAUAAAUACAGCAGGGGAAUGGGGUAAACGCCGGGGAGGGAGAAGAGCUAGUGCCAUUAACGGACAAUGCUGGCAAGAAACAAACGGGGAUAAAGUGGCCAUGAACAAAUUCAGACUGGAAAUUAGUGGAAGGUUUCUACCCAGCAGAGUGUGGGAGGGUCUGGAGCAGCCUCCCACCAGGGAACAAACCCCCUAAGCCAGCUUUAAGUGUAUGUGCUGGGGUUAGCUAGCAGGAGACUGACCUAGGAGGUCCCUUCCAGUCCUAGCCCCUGUGAUGUUUGAGGGAGGGGAGCUGAUCCCAGGCUGCACCUGUGACAGCUAACACCACGUGGCUCUUCCAAAGAGCCCUCAGACCCCUCUCGCUCACUCCAUGGCACUGUAGUAACUGAGCACCUCACAAUCCUCCAUUGUUUGUUCUCACAGUCACUCUUAUCCCCAUUUUACAGAUGGGGAAACCAAGACACAGGGAGACUGAGGCAGAGCAGAGAAUAUAACCCACUUCUCCUUAGUCCCAGGCUAGGGCUCUAACCACUAGGCCAGCCUUCCACUUUCCUACAGCUUGUGCUCCUGUCCCCUUGUGGCCAUAAAAGGUUCACAAAAAUAGCUCUGCUGUCCUGAGCAGAUUCCAACAUGGGUAACCACAUUCUGUCUCUCAGUUUGUCCUGCUAUCCUAAUUAGCCAUGUAAGGUUGUCGUGUGCUGGUAGACAUCCACCAUAUUCCACCCAAAGGUUGGCACUGUCAGUUGUAGGAACAUGACUUUGGUCCACAUUAUUUAUAUUACAGUAGCACCCAGCAGCUCCAGCUGGGAUCAGGGCCACUUUGAGCUCUUAGACACUGUACAGACAGUCCUGAAGUUCUCACACUGGCAGCAUUAGCCCCAAUUUACAUAUGCGUAACUAAGGCACUGGGAGAUUAAGUGACUUGCCCAAGAACCCACUGGAAGUGUGUGGCAGAGCUGGGAAUCAAAGCCAUCUCUGCCCAUUCCCGGGCAAGAGUUUUAGCCACAAGACCAUCCUUGCCCCCUGUAAAGUGCGUUGCUAUAUAAAUAAAGGGUAUUAUCACCUAUCUGCUGGUGCCUUUUAACAUUUACCCUGCAGCGAGCUGGCAUUUUCACUCUCUGUGGUUUUAUGAUCCACAGCUAUUCAGCAAUCUGGUUGGAUUACAGCAUGUCCUCAGUGAUCGGGAUAACCUUUUAAUAGAGUAAAGAGUCUGUGUUUGCUCCCGCCGUAAAAAACAGCCUGUACAAGAGGGAGCCGUGCAAUUAGAUUUUUCCCCCCCAUUACUUGAGCUCUUAAUAUUUAACUAAAUAGCAACAAGGCAACAUCUUAGAACUAGAAAAAAACAAACAAACCAGCAACAGCAGAGGGUGCAUAGAAAGAGAUAAAUUCUUCCCCUGUAUUCAAAAACAGGAGCUGAUAUGAAAUAAAUAACAAACCCACACAGAUUCUCCCCCUACUCUCAUAUAACUUUUUAUAGACAUUGGCAGAUUUUAAAAUAAUGUUUAUUCGGAUCCCUCAGUAUGUGUGUUACUGACACAGUGUUACCCCAAUGAAACCAGAAUGAUUUUGUUAGCACUGGCAACAGGGGAACUUUCACUUUAAAAAAAAUAAAAUCAUGUUUUAAGUUCUG